AGGAAUCUUAAGUCCCUAACAACACUAAAUGUGCUCUGUUUUUUGUGUUUCACAUCGUAAGUAUCGAAACCAAACUUGACCCAUAUUUUCAUUUUCUUGGCCUUUUCGCCCCCCCUCCUUUUCAUUUCUUAGAUUUUGGGUUUAUCUCUUAUACGUUCUUCGAUCUCAUCGCCGCCAUUCCCAAUUCUUUCUGAAACUCUCCGUCCUUCAUUUUCCUCUAUACAAUCUACUCUUUAGUUUUCAGCAUUUUGCUUUCUCUAAUAAAUUCAGACUCCCAAUUUAGCUGAAAAUAAUGGCUUCAACAUCAGUUCCUUGCCCCAAGACCUCGUUUGUUUCUCGCAUUGGAUCCAAUGCCUCUAACCCAUUUCCCAAACACACUGUUUCCUUCCCUUCUCGUGGAUUUCAGUGGCCCAACAGGAAGCAAUCUUCUGUUGCAAAGGUGAAAGCUCAGCUGAAUGAGGUCAUUUUCAAGGAGUCCUCGAAUUCUAUACCAGUGCUGGAAAGUAAUUCCAAAGCUGCCCCAUCUGAGGUAAAAGAUGAGUCGGUUGUAAAGAACGUUCCUGAUGCAUCGACAAUUGCAGCAUUCAUGGCACAAGUGUCUGACCUUGUCAAGCUUGUGGAUUCGAGAGAUAUCAAUGAGCUCCAACUUAAGCAAUCAGAUUGUGAGCUCAUAAUACGAAAAAAGGAGGCCUUACAGCCGCCUCCAGCUGCUCAAGGGUUUGCCAUGCCUCCAUAUUACCAACAGGCGGUGUUUCCACCUCCACCUGCAGCUGUUUCCACUCCUGCUCCUACAGCUGCUCCUCCAGCUUCCGCCCCUGCUUUACCUUCUCCUGCAAAUGCACCCGCACCCAAAUCAUCUCAUCCACCAUUCAAAUGCCCCAUGGCAGGAACCUUUUACAGGUGUCCAGGUCCUGGGGAACCCGCCUUCGUGAAGAUAGGAGAUAAGGUGCAGAAAGGUCAAGUCAUUUGCAUCAUUGAGGCCAUGAAGCUAAUGAAUGAAAUUGAAGCUGAUCAGUCAGGAACCAUAGCAGAGAUUCUGGUAGAUGAUGCGAAACCAGUUAGUGUGGACACGCCUUUGUUUGUGAUUGUACCUUGAAGCAAAAACGUUCAGUAUUGCUGGGCAGAAACUUAACCUGAACGUUGGAAUAUUACUCUUAGUCAACUUCCCAUAUUUAUUGUGUAAUUUUCAAAUGAAUAAUUAUCUUAUUUCAUCUUUAUACUCCAAGUUCAUUGUGUUCAAUAUGUAGAAGCCUUAAGGCUUUAGAAUAUAGUUUUUUUUGUCAAAUUUUAGACAUUUUUGGAGUCA